CUGCUCUCUCUUUCUAUCCGCUUACUUCUGUGCUUUGUAUGAUUCGCACUCAUUUUCCCCCAAACAGCACAAAAAGAGAAAACAAAAGGGAAAAGGGAGAGAGAGAGAGACAGACAGACAGAGAAAAGAUAUCUAGAGAGAGAAACUUCGCCGCCGGCGAUACUCCCACACAAACGGCACUGAACUAAUGCACAGUUGAGUGGCCCACUGAGCAGCACGCACACCGCCAAUCCUUGCCGGAAAAUGCGCUGAUUCCGGAACCUCCUCGGAAAACCGCACACUCGCAUAACCGCAAAGCAGAAAAGAAAAUGCGCGCAGCACUUGCGUGCGAAGUCCCCGGUGACUACGUCACCGGAGCGAAGAAGAACAAGCCGGAGCCGGAAAAGGAAGACAGAGAAAAGCCUUCUCCGUCGCCGCCGGCGGUGGUCGCCGGCCGUAGCAGGUCUCAAGGAGGAACGCGAAGAGUGACACCAGCGACACUUCCGGUGGCACAGGAAAACGGAUCCGCGGUGGAGAGGGUUCUUCCGAACGGCGAUUUCUACGUCGGAAGCUUUUCCUGCAACGUCCCUCACGGAUCGGGAAAAUACUUGUGGACGGACGGGUGCAUGUACGAGGGAGAAUGGAAACGCGGAAAGGCUUCCGGUAAAGGCAAGUUUUCGUGGCCUUCGGGAGCGACCUACGAAGGCGAGUUCAAAUCGGGUCGAAUGGAAGGGUUCGGAACUUUCGUUGGAUCCGACGGGGACACCUAUCGCGGGUCGUGGAGCUCCGACAGAAAACACGGGUUCGGGCUAAAGCGUUACGCGAACGGUGACUUAUACGAAGGGUGGUGGAAGCGUAACGUGCAAGACGGUCACGGCCGUUACGUUUGGAAGAACGGGAACGAGUACCUCGGGGAGUGGAAGAACGGCGUCAUUAACGGGAAGGGGGAGCUCGUGUGGGCUAACGGAAACCGUUAUGAGGGGAUGUGGGAGAACGGAGUGCCCAAGGGUCACGGCGUUAUGAAAAUACAGCACCGUUUACUUUGGGGUGAGAAUUUUGGAUUAAUGAGGAAACGGUCAUCGGUGGAGGGGAGAGGGAGCGUAAACGACAAGAGUUUUCCAAGGAUUUGCAUUUGGGAAUCGGAGGGUGAAGCCGGCGACAUCACGUGCGAUAUUGUCGAUAAUGUGGAGGCAUCGAUGUUUUAUAGCGAUGGAACGUCGUCGGAUCCUGAUGAGUUUCGGAGGAACCCUUGUUGUUUCUCUGCUGAAGUGAAGCGGCCGGGUCAAACCAUAUCCAAGGGGCAUAAGAAUUAUGAUUUGAUGCUUAAUUUGCAAUUGGGGAUAAGGUACUCUGUUGGGAAGGAAGGUUCCACGUUGCGGGAGCUUAAGCAAAGUGAUUUUGACCCGAAGGAGAAGUUCUGGACUAGGUUUCCACCUGAAGGAUCUAAGAUUACGCCGCCGCAUCAAUCUGCAGAAUUUCGAUGGAAGGAUUACUGCCCUGUGGUUUUUAGACAUUUGAGGAAGCUGUUUCAGGUGGAUCCUGCUGAUUACAUGUUGGCUAUAUGUGGGGAUGAUGCCCUUCGGGAGCUUUCGUCUCCUGGGAAAAGUGGCAGUAUCUUUUACUUGACCCAAGAUGAUAGGUUCAUGAUCAAGACAGUGAAGAAAUCUGAAGUCAAGGUGCUUAUUCGGAUGCUUCGAAGUUAUUACCAACAUGUGUCUCGAUAUGAAAAUUCACUUGUGACAAAAUUCUAUGGGGUGCACUGUGUCAAGCCAAUUGGAGGCCAGAAGAUCCGGUUCAUUGUGAUGGGCAAUCUUUUCUGCUCGGAAUAUCCAAUUCAUAGACGAUUUGAUUUGAAAGGAUCUUCACAUGGCCGUACAACAGAUAAACCUGAGGAGGACAUUGAUGAAACUACCACCCUCAAGGACCUUGAUCUCAAUUUUGUGUUUCGUGUACAAAGAAAUUGGUUCCAGGAACUCUUCAAACAAAUUGAGCGGGACUGCGAGUUCUUGGAAGCUGAGAAAAUUAUGGAUUACAGUCUUUUGGUUGGCAUUCAUUUUCGUGAUGAUAAUACGUGUGACAAAAUGGGAUUGUCACCAUUUCUUUUACGCACCGGCAAUCGAGAUUCCUAUCAGAAUGAGAAGUUCAUGCGCGGUUAUCGCUUUCUGGAAGCAGAGCUACAAGAUAGAGAUCGAGUUAAAUCUGGGAGGAAAUCGUUAAUUAGGCUAGGAGCCAAUAUGCCUGCAAGAGCAGAGCGAAUGGCACGGAGGAGUGAUUUUGAUCAAUACACCGCUGUUGGAAUCAGCCAUUUGACCCCUUAUCGCAGUGGGGAGACUUAUGAUGUCAUUCUAUAUUUUGGGAUUAUUGACAUUUUACAAGAUUAUGAUAUCAGCAAGAAGCUUGAGCAUGCUUACAAGUCUUUGCAAGUUGACCCUACUUCAAUUUCUGCUGUUGAUCCAAAGCUCUACUCGAAAAGAUUUCGUGAUUUUGUGGGGAGAAUAUUCAUUGAAGAGAGGUAGCACACGAGGUACAAAAUUAGGAUGAAAUAUUUCUUCCUGAAAGUUAAGAUGAUGCUUAAUUGGUCACAACAUCCAGGAAAUAUCUAUGAGAAUUUGAAACCCUCGGCAUCGGGGUCUUGGAGUUGACUGGUUAAAAUGCCGCCUUAUGGUUAAGUGGCUGAUAGAAGCUAUAGCUGGAAUUGGGGGUUGUUUUAUGGCUUAGUUUUAAAGAUACAGCCAUGAUGAUGGUAUGCUGAAGGACGGGAAAAUUUGUACAUGGAAGAUGUGGAUGAAGAUCGGAAAUAAUUUUUUUUUCCUUUUCUUUCUUUUUUAGGAAAUUGGGUGGGGCUUGUUGAAUUUUUUUGUGGUUACUAAAUAUGAAUAUGGUGAGCAAGAUAGGUAGAGGGAACAAAGUGGAAUGUUUCCCUGAGAUUAGAUUCAAAAUGCGUGGAUAGUAGGAAAUAAAGAAAAUGUACAGUUUUUGAUACAAAGGAUGGAUAGUUGAAGAAAUUAUUUUUUCCAACUAUGAUUAUUCUUGAAUUGUUGAGUCAUUUUGAUGACCAUGUUGUGAGAUGGUGUCGAAGUCUUCUCUUCCACACAAUAAUAAAUUCUCUUAUCUGUUUAACGAAAC